AUGUCCGCUGCUCGUCUGAAUCAAGUCGUGAAGGAGUUUACAAGCCUCGCCCCGUGGGGUGCCCCUGGAGCUCUACUGGUUGGUUGGAUGGCCUGGCCCGCACUCUCGCCCGCCUUCAAAGAAGAGACACUAGGCAUCACGUCAACGUCGUCCCUUGUAUCUGGUAGCUCAAAGAAAGAAUUCUUUCGUGCUUCUGGCAAGUACAAGUACGUUAAAAAUGAGAUUGGUGAGGCUCCGACGCUGGAAGAAGAAGAAGAAGAAUAG